CAACUUUUCGAUAACCUCCCACUCACGUUGACCGCCUUGUCAAGAGAAUGGACGACGAAAUAAAGCCUAAAUCAGCACUCUCGUUUCUUGUGGACGAACUUUGGAUUUACGUUCUAGGUUUCCUUUCUUGCACAGAUAUUCUUCGUUGCACAUCCGUAUGUAAGGCCCUUCGACAAACAUACAUGUCCUCUUCAGAGCUCCAGUACAUCGUCGAACUCGGCGGUCAAUGCUUGCUCCCCACAUCCAACACGGACGACCACACCCCUAUCUAUAAGCGCUUACAACGCUUGAGGGAUAAAGCCCACGCAUGGCUCAAGUUUGAUGCCUAUGCUUUCCAAACAGUUAUCCCAUCAAUCUCGUUUUCUGGCAUACAAAAAUACAUCACCGGUGAACAUUUCUACAUGUGGAACUACCAUGACAACUUGGUCGCCAUCAGCCCAAUACCAUCCAACUUGCUCUCACAACGAACAAUCGAACACCACUGGUCACCCAGAACGUUAUGUCCAUUUCCUGGGGCGGAGAGGCGGAUUGUAUUGAUGGACCCGGCACAAAAUCUGUUCGCCAUCGCGUAUACUUUUCACGGGAUGACCUACAUUUACCUAGCAACUCUGGAUGAUGGUUGCGUCCACCCUCACGCUGCCGGACCAGCGCUAGUUCUGGAUACUCCUGUAUAUGAGUGGGAAACGAAGUUCCAGUGUUAUGGGAGGCAUAUCGCUUUGUGGCGUGAAUUUUACACUCAUGAAGUUGGCGUUUUAUGGCCUUCUGACUGUGUGUGGCAGCUGCAAAUUUGGGACUGGCAGCACUCGACAACAUUAAGCAGUGUCCUCAACAUACAAACCACAUUGUUCACCCCCACUAGUUUUUGUUUUCUCGGAAACGACAGGUUGCUCGUUGUCGCCGAUAAUUUGAAGCUGUAUUCGAUCAAGGAUAUGUCCGAGACGCCACGAUUGCUGGCAUGUUUCCUGUUGCCUUUCUCAUUGGUGGACACAGAACACUACCAUCCGACUAUGCAUGGCUCACAGCUGCGGACGCAAGCUCAGUCGAUGUACACCUCAGACCCUGAACAUAGACUGCUAUGCCUUACCUCAUGGAUUGAUAAACGAACGAUCUGCCUCAUCUCCACGAAGAUUUUCUUUGACAUCGACGAAGUGACGGCAAUAACGCCGAUACCAUGGAAUCAUUGGGGCCCUGGACAUAUUCGUGUUGUUGAGCAGAAAGCGGCACACGUGUCAAUUACUCAUGUCAGUGGGAAUCGAGUUUUGUUGGCGGACAAGAUGAUGUCAGAGAGACACGAAUACUAUAAGUUGCGUAUGAUGGACUUUAGCCCGCUGGCUGUGACGAAUAGGCGGGGUCUAGGACGAGUAGUGAAAGAGCGAUCUACUGUGACGGUAGCGGUCCAACGUGGUCCCAAUUCCGAGUGGGACGAUGAAUCAAAGUACUACUACUCGACGGUUGAAACGGCUCUGCCUUACGUUGAGGUACUAGUAUCGGAUAGGAAGAUUAGUGGGCUGUUGCACGAUGUUUGGAUGGAUGGUGAUAGGAUCUAUUUGCUAGAUCGAGUCGUAGGAGGAACGUUUAAACCUAAGCUUGAGGUUAUUAACAUUUAUUAGAAUACCGGUAGGGCUAUGUCGAGCGCGCGUUAGCAUUGCCAUUGCUAUUGAUAUUGGUGACAACCAUUAGCAGAAAGUGAUAAGCAACCGGUGAUUG